CCGGCCAACUUCUUAUUAAAGAUAGUCUCGCAUUCUUCCAGGACAUCCGAUUCUUCAUUUCAAUUUCUAGUUCCACAAAGUCAAGCGUGUUAGGAUACAUUUGAGACCUAUCGGAUGUUCUCUCUGACUGUCAUUAUCUGUGCAAAUUCGUCGAAAACCUUUUCUCCCAUUUCUUGAACAAAACUGUUCCUCACCAUCUUUGGAGCAAAGAGAACUCACAUUCGCACUACUUAUUACUUAAAAUUGUCUAAUUCUCUACAUGGCUGAAUCUUCAACCCAUCCCAACCGCACCGGCGGUGAAGAUCUCCUGCCCGAUGUCCACGAACAGACCGCCAGUGCUUCCACUAGCCAAACUAUUGAUGUAGACAGCAUUGUUGGUCAUAAUGAUGAGGCCCAUGAGAAGGAGAUAAAAGAUGACGACAAUAGCGACACGGAGGACCCUUACCAGGACGACCCUAUCGUGGCCGAGUACAAGAUGUUCUUGGUCCAGCCGAAGUACCCAACGUAUGUUCUUCAAUAUAUCGACCGCCCUGCGGAUCAGCCUGUCGGUGAAAAAUAUGGCGCCAAGGUUAUCGAGAUGCGCGUCAAACCAACUACUGGGUUCUUCGAGGUUGAUGUUGCCCUGGACAUCCAUCAUAAAUUUGAUCGUGUGAAGGCGGUCAGAUUUGGCGAGGCUUUGAGGAAGACAAAGGCGUUAGGGCAGCAAGGUUAUGGAAUGGCUGUUGGAUUUGGGCGCGUUAUGCCUCGACCUAAACGUCGUGGAGCCGCCGCCGCCGAGGACGAGGAGGACGAAGACGAAGAAGGGGAGGAUGGUGCUGCCAGCGCUGGCGCUACAAUCGUUGAUGACGCAGACAUGGAUAAGUACGUUAACGAUUUCGAGGACGCCAACGACAAGGGCCAUGUCCUUAACUACAUCACCUACGGCGGUCGCGCUCAAACUCAAGAGGCUGGAAAGCCCGUCUACAUGUGUGGUGUUUUCCGCGGCGACGAGUGCCACCUACACAAGAUCACGGGCUUCGUCCGGCUCUCAACCGAAUACCAUCACUUUGAUGCGAUCGACCACCUAGACAUCGUCGAUAAGCGCAAGCAAGCAGGCGGGACCACUGCGCAAGCUCAAGAGCCCAAGGCUGUUGUCGAACAACCCCUAACUGGCGGACCCAUUCUUGAUGAGGAGGAGUCUUUCACUCAGUUUAUGAAGAGGGCGACUGCCGAACCAUGGGAGCGUCUCCAAUACAACGACCAAGACUCGCCAGAGGCAUGGCACGCUUUCAGCGAGCGAAUGUUUUUGCACGACACCGAAAACGCCGUGAAGCUGGUCUCGCCCAUGACCAACGAACAGUACGUGGAAUCCCUCAGCGCCGUCAAAGGUACCCGGCAACACACUUUGGAAGAAGACGAGCAAGAUUUCGGUCCCGAAGAGGAGGAGGAUGAAUCGAACAAGAAGAAGAAACAUGUGCCUAGCCAUGGUGAUCUGGAACACCCAAUCGUGGGUCCAUUCUAAGCCCCAGAAAUCCCAUUUCGAACUGCAAAAAUCUUAGAAACGAUGAUAUGUAAAUAGGGCAAAGUAGGUAGAAAAGUUAGUAGGUGGUGUUUGCAUACCCCGGAGUUUAGGUUUGGUAGAUACCCUUCAUGAAUACUAGAUAUCAGGAU